AUGGCGACAGAGGAGAAGGCGGAAAACGCGCGUCUCUCCUCGUUCGUCGGUGCGCUCGCGCUGGGCGACCUGGUCAAGUCUACACUAGGACCAAAAGGCAUGAACAAGAUCCUACAAUCAGCAUCCACAGGCGAGAUCAACGUGACGAACGACGGUGCGACGAUCUUGAAGGCGAUCCAGUUGGAUAACGCGGCGGCGAAGAUCCUCGUCAACAUCUCGAAAGUGCAAGACGAUGAGGUCGGGGAUGGCACGACGAGUGUGACUGUGUUGGCAUCGGAGUUGCUGAGGGAGGCCGAGAAGCUCAUCGCGCAGAAAAUCCAUCCUCAGACGAUUGUGGAGGGAUACCGGAUUGCGAGUCGGACUGCGCUGGCUGCGUUGGAGAAGGCUGCUAUUGACAACAAAAAGAACCCUGAACAGUUCCGAACGGAUCUGUUCAACAUUGCUCGUACAACCCUGUCAUCAAAAGUUCUGUCGCAGGACAAGGAUUACUUUGCCAACCUUGCUGUGGAUGCCGUAUUACGCCUCAAGGGUUCAAUAGAUUUGGAACACAUUCAAAUCAUCAAAAAGGUUGGAGGAAAGUUGACCGAUUCUUAUCUGGAUGAAGGUUUCAUUCUGGACAAAGUUAUUGCUACAAACUCGCCAAAACGACUUGAGAACGUCAAGAUCAUGAUUGCUAACACCUCAAUGGACACUGACAAAAUCAAGAUCUUCGGGGCCCGUGUAAAGGUCGACAGCACAGGCAAGCUCGCCGAACUGGAACGCGCAGAACGCGACAAAAUGAAAGCAAAAGUGGAAGCCAUCGCCGCUCACGGAAUAAACUGCUUCGUCAACAGACAACUGGUGUACAACUAUCCUGAAUCGCUGCUGACCGAGAAGGGUAUCAUGGUGAUUGAGCAUGCUGACUUUGAGGGUGUGGAGAGGCUGUCCCUCGUCACUGGUGGAGAAAUUGCAAGCACAUUCGAUCGACCUGAUCUUGUCAAACUUGGACACUGUGAGCUCAUCGAAGAGAUCAUGAUUGGCGAGGACAAGCUCAUCAAAUUCUCCGGCGUGGCUGCUGGCGAAGCAUGCACGGUGGUCCUCCGCGGUUCAACGAACCAGAUGGUCGACGAGGCCGAGCGUUCACUGCACGAUGCCCUAUCUGUCCUUUCACAGACGGUAAAAGAGACCCGUGUCGUCCUUGGAGGCGGAUGCUCUGAAAUGUUGAUGAGCUGUGCUGUGGAAGAGGAAGCAAGAGGGAUCAAGGGCAAGAAGGCUAUUGCUGUCGAGGCAUUCGGCCGCGCUUUGAGACAAAUUCCAACGAUUUUGGCAGAUAACGCGGGUUAUGACUCGUCAGAUUUGGUCACAAAGCUGAGAGCAGCGCAUUAUGAGGGGCAAGCGGAUGCUGGUCUUGAUAUGGAGCAGGGCACCAUUGGAUCCAUGAAGAGCCUCGGCGUUACAGAGAGCUACAAGCUAAAGCGACAAGUCGUCACCAGUGCCACUGAAGCCGCCGAAAUGAUCAUCCGUGUUGAUGACAUCUUGAGGGCAGCACCUCGGAGACGCGAAGCCGUAUAG